UCAAACAACUAAGAAUUGUAAUGGUUGGAAAGACUGGAUCGGGUAAGAGUGCAACUGGUAAUGCUAUCUUUGGACAUAAAUACUUCAAAUCGAAAAUUGCAGGUCUGUCUGUUACCAAAGAGUGUAAACGUGGUGAAAUCCAAAUUAAUGAUCGCAAAAUCAUAGUAGUUGAUACUCCCGGAUUGUUUGAUACCAAAUUAUCACCUAUAGAAAUUGAAGAAGAUAUCAUUCGUUGUGUUCAUAUGACUUUUCCAGGACCACAUGUAUUUCUACUGGUGCUCCAGAUUGGUAGAUUCACUAAAGAAGAAAUUGAAUCCCUAGACCAGUUAUUUGACAUAUUUGGAAUGGAAAUGGAAGCUUUUUCGAUUAUUCUGUUUACUAGAAUGGAUGAAUUAGAAAGUCAAAAUGAUACUGUUGAAGAUUAUAUAAAAGAAUCAGGCUCACCAUUAACAGAGUACAUAGAAAAAUGCCGUGGUCGUUAUUUCGCUAUAAACAAUACAGCUACAGCGGAAAAUAGGGCGGAAAUGAUUAAACAAUUAUUGAAUUUGAUAGACACAGUGGUCAAACAAAAUCAGAACAUGUGCUUUUCAAACAAUAUGUUUAUAGACGCCAAAGAAAAUGUUCGUCAAUCACGGAUACAAAUAGAAAUGGAAAAAUUUAAUGAAAUUGAGCAAAUUGAAAACAUGUACGGAAAACAAGUUGACAUAAAUCGAGAAAUAAAGAGACAAAAACAAGAAGAAUUUAAUCUACAAGCAGAGCGUAAAAACAAGCUUGAGGAACAGAAGAAAAGGAUAAAAGAUUCUAUUUUGUCUAAAAGUGGCGAAGAUGAAAGCAGUACUGCUGGGUAUACAGUUGGACCUGAUUCGGAAGAAAUUGAAGGCCUUUAUAACGAAAUUGUCAAAGCCAAUGACCUGUUAAAGGAGAAAGAAAGAGAGAAAAAAGAGGCAGAAGAUGCUUAUGAUACGGUGAAGGGAGAUUUCCAAGAGUUGGUAAAAGAAACUAAAUCGAAACAUAAUCAGCGAAUGUUAGCAUUGAAAAACACCGACUUUUAUGGUAAAAUGAACUCAGCAGUUGAGGAAAUGAAAGCAAUAGACGAAAGACUCAAAGAAAUUUCGAAAGAAAUGAACGACGAAGGAAAUCGCCAAAAUAUGAUCAUCCAACAACAAUUACAGAGAGAGGAAAUCGAACUGCAUUCAAAAAUGGAUAAAGUAUUUUAUGAUCAUCGCAUGUAUUUAGAAAAAAUGAGAAAAAAGUCGAAGAAAAUGGAAAAAAAAUUGACGAAAAAAGGAAAAUUGUGUCGUGUUAUGUAACUUAACGAAAAAAAAUAGAGAAAUUAAGAAAUUCGGCUACUGAAACAAAGUCAGACAUAUAUAUUGCCAGACAAGUUAACAUUAGCCAACAUGUAUAUCAAUCUGAAAUAAGAACGACUAACGGCAGCUUUCCUGACGUCGGUGUACAAUUACAUGAAUUAAUCACAUUGAUUUUAAUCACACAGUGCAUGCUUCGAUAAAUUCCUAAGUCCCUUUUUCGUUACCAAUUACCUGUAUCACUUUCUUAGUAAUUUAUCAUCUCUGAAUUUAUAAUAUUUUUUUCUACAGACAACUUCCACCAAUGAAAACUAACCGCCUUGAUAUAGCCGAGUGUGCCUAAA